AUGGUCUUCUCCAAAUCCCUCCUCGCAGGCCUCGCCCUCGUCGUCACAAGCACAUCGGCCCCAUCGUGCUGGCGCAACGCAACCUGCACCCACCCAACAACAGCAUCCUUCCCGGGGCUCUGGGAUGCAGACAUCUACGCCCCAGACUCCCGCACAGCGCGCCCAAAGUCGAUCCUCUCCCUCGCGACAGGCCAACAGCUCGCCUCGUUCCCCUCUCGUGAAACCCAAACUCUCACCGGCAAUGGCUCGGCGCUGGUCUUUGACUUUGGCGUCCUCGUCGGCGGCCUCACGUCGGUGAACUACACCCUCACCGGCACCGGCACCGGCACCGGGCCCGUCAUCCUCGGCCUCGCGUGGACGGAGGCCAAGAACUGGAUUGGCGAGUACUCGGAUAACUCCAACGGAAACUACCGCGGACCGGGCCAGUCCCUCAUCUCCGUCGUCGGCGCCCUCUUCCAUGAAAUCACCGCCCCCGGCCCGGGAUCCUACACCGUCCCCUUCCCCCAGCUCCGCGGCGGCUUCCGAUACCUCACCCUGUACCUCAUGACCAACACCACCAGCACAACCACAACCACAAACAACACAACCAUCACCACGCCGGCACCCACCCUCGCCAUCGACCACGUCUCUAUCGAAAUCGUCUUCCGACCAACCUGGUCCAACCUCCGCGCCUACCAAGGCUACUUCCUUUCCUCCGACCCCCUUCUCAACAAAAAUCUGAUACAGCGGCGCCUACACCCUCCAAACCAACGCCGCGCCCCGCAGAAACAGGCCGCCGCCUCCUCCGUCCUCCUCGACGGCGCAAAACGCGACCGCUGGAUCUGGCUCGGCGACAUGGGCGUCGCCGUCCCCCCUCCGCCUUUGGGCCUUCGGGCAAUCUUCCCCCGCGCGCGGGACCGCCGUAUCUCGACGCCACGAGCGAUACCUUACCACAUGUGGACCAUGAUUGGCGCCUACAACUACGUCCUCUUCUCCGGGGACGUGGACUGGUUGGCGCGCAACUGGGCGACGUACCUCUGGGCCAUGGAGUAUAUCUACGGCAAGAUCAUACCCGAGACGGGGAUCUUGAAUGCGACGGCCGCGGGCGACUGGGCGCGCUACGUCUACUCGCUGAACGGGAGCGCGCCCAUUAUGCUCCUCUACCGCACCCUCACAACCGGUGCCUUUCUCGCGGAACUCGCUCCCUCCAACAGCACGUCAAACUCGACGACGACGACGACGACGACGACGACGACGACGACAGCAGGAGACGGUACAUCAUCAGGAAGACACUAG